UUUGGAGCUUCGAUAGCGAUUAGGCGAUGACAUAGGUUUUCUGAAUUGACCUUCAACCAAAUCUCUACACCUCUUGUAUGCUAUGCCUGCAUUCAUGUGAGACAGAGUUCCUUCAUCCACUACGCCUCGUCUUCGAUUUCGCAGUCAGUGUUCAAGAUGUCGCUGAGCCAGCCGGUCUACCUUAGCUCGCUACAGAACAACAUCAGAGCACGCCCGAUACCGUGGGAUGGAGCUGUUCGAGCUGGAAACCUCACCGACGACCAACUCAAGAAGAUAAAAUCAGUGGACAAGGUCAGAAAAGAGCAGAGGAAGCAAACCAUCGAGAAAGACGUCAAAAGCUACAGCACGUUAUUAGUAGGAGGUCCAGAUGGUGGGAGUGUGCUCGAGAAGGCAUCCAAACGGAGUGAUAUCAUCCAGUACAUCUUGGUCCUGGCGACAGAUUUGAUCAAUGAUGCGCCAGCUCUUGCAACAGCCAUCCUAGAACAACCUGAACCUUAUAAGACUUUCCUUGCCCUGCUGAACCAGCCUGGUAAUCCGGAAGAUGCUAUUCCCUUGUUCUCGGCCACUUUCUUGGUCAACAUCAUUGCCAUUUCUCUGACAACCUCAUCAAAACCAAGCCCUCGCGAUGACCAAGCACUUCCUCAAGUCUAUUCAUAUCUGGCGAAAUUGGUGAAGAACCAAGACAGUGGACUACAAGAUAUUGGCGUACAACACUUAUCACAACUACUGCGGACUACGCGGUCUAAAGAAUUGUUCUGGAAACAGAAGGCCGACACAGUAGAACCACUGUUCGACAUAUUACGAAAGGCUGUGGGAGCUGCAAAAGAUAACGACUCUACUCUGUGGAGCGGGGGAACGAGCAUUCGAAGCUCUGACACAAAGUUCGGUGGCGGUGUCGGGCUACAAUUGUUGUAUCAAGUGCUACUUGUGAUCUGGCAGCUAAGUUUUGAAGGUGAAUUGGUUGGUGACGGCCUUGAAAAGGAUGAAGAAAUUAUACCACUAUACACACAGCUGCUGCGGAUGUCGCCAAAGGAGAAGACGACUCGACUGUUGCUCGCCACACUCAACAAUCUACUUUCGACCAACAAGGAUACUUUGAUUCCAGCUGCAACGACCGCCAGGCUUCCUGCAUUGCUAAGCAACCUCUCUGGACGACAUCUGACAGACCCAGAUUUGCUAGAAGACCUUCAAAGUCUCAAUAGCAUGCUUGAGGAUUACACGAAGAAUCAAACAACAUUUGAUGAAUACGCCGACGAGGUCAAUUCAGGUCAUUUGCGUUGGUCGCCGCCACAUCGUAACCCCACUUUCUGGAGGGAAAACGCUCGCAAGAUAUUCGAGGACAAGAAAGGCGAACUUCCGAAGAAGCUGGCCGAAAUUCUCGGUAAGGGAUGGGAAUCUGAAAAAAAGGUACUUGCCAUUGGCUGCAAUGAUGUGGGUAGUCUGGUCAAAGAAGUGCCAGAGUAUCGGUCUACUCUCGAGCGACUGGGUCUCAAAGCUCGACUUCUUGAGUUGAUGGGUGACUCGGACGAAAGUGUGCGAUGGGAGAGUCUCAAGGCUGUUGGAGAAUGGAUGCGAUACAACAUUGACAAGUGAACGCUUCCACUGAUCCAGAUUGAUGCUGAGAAUGGAGCGAUACGAGGUUAGAUGGUCCGCCAGCUCCGGAGCGGCAUACACUAAAUACGAGUACUUUCGAGAGUGGGAUAAGCGAGGAACAACACAGCUGUUUUCGGUUGAAGAGGCGCCAUCUGGUUGCGGAGUAAUUUACCCUUGAUCAGCCCGCAUUCGUGUAGAUAUUUGUUCUAGGCGUGGCUUUUGUUCAAUUGCUUCGGACAGAGUUGCUUUUGCUUGCACUAAAAGCUGACCACAGCGACUUUCUGUCCGUACAUCAGCAGCGCCAUUCAACAUGUCUACUUCUAAAUGCUCGAUUAGCCUGUAACUCAGAGAAUCUUCCACCCUGCU